AUGGGUUCUUCCGAGAGCAAUUGUGGAUUUAGAGUUAUCGAUGUAAACCCAACCUCUCCAGCCCAUCAAGCAGGGUUGAUAAGCUAUCUUGACUUCAUUGUCUAUGCCAAUGGUAUCAGGCUUCAACAAGAUGGACCGCUUCAGAAUAUAAUUUCUAAGAGUAUCAGAUGCAAAGUAUUUUUGAAAGUUUUCAAUAUUUUGGAUCAAGCAUUUAGAGAAAUAAUUGUAACCCCUAGAAAUGAUUGGGGAGGUGAAGGACUAUUAGGUGCUACAUUGAGGUGGGAAGACUGAACAGAAAUUCCUAGCUUAAGAAUUAUCGAAGUUUUUCCUAAUUCUUUAGCUUCAGAGCUUGGUUUAGUAGAGAAUACUGACUUUAUAUUAGGAACUGCAGAUGAGACUUUAAAUAGUUUGAGCAGACUUGAAGGGAUUCUUAGACAUUAUGAGGAAGCCACGCUAUUUGUAUAUAACUCAGAAAUUGGUGAGGUCAGAAAAAUCCAUGUAAAAAACCCAGAGAAAAAAAGCUUAGGCUGUGGCGUUGGUGAGGGUGUUUUUCACGCAUUAGACAAAGCUAAAAUAGAAGCAUUAAAAAAAGAAAAAUCAGAAGCUAAACAAGAAAAACCAGAAGAAAAGAAAGAAGACGUAAUUGUUACAGUUCCACAGCAAAAGCCAAAAGAUGAAAAUAUCCCUCCACCCCCUCCACCCAAAGCAGAAACCCACAACAUUGAAAAAAAGCCCGAAAGCAGCGGGGUAAUCAAAUUGUUACCACCUCCAAGCAUAUAUGACCUCAAUGAUGAGAAAGCAGGCUUUCAAACCAAUAUAUUAAAAUCAAAAUAUAUCAUUCAAUAA